UUAUUAAACUUUAACAGCCGAGCGCCAUCUGUCCUGCGUCCGUGACGUUUCGAGCUAUCGAUAUUCGACAUUCGAUCCUCUUUGGUAAUAAAACAAUCUCGCACUCGUGAAACUCGUGAGAGGGAUUCUUUUGAACACCUUUAAUCGUGGCGAGGGGGAUAAACGGCGGCGCAGCGCUAGAUAACGGUAUUCGAUAUCCUGUUGCAAGCCUGUGAACCCGCUCGCGCAGGAGGCGAAAGGUCAUCGCGAUUGGUUCGGCUGCGUUUCCGAUCGGCGCCGCUUCCGGUUGGCCACCAGCACCACCAGGAAGCCGAAUACGCACGGCAGUAAGAAUCGGGAUGCGCGCGGAUCUGGACGAGUUUGACGUUCGGCCGUUUGUCAACCGAGAACGGUAACGGACUUGGUCAGUUCCGAACACGCGUCGUUUGAAUCCUGAGACGCCGGAUAGUCCCGAGUAAGUGUUUAAAAAUAAAAUAAAAUCACGGAAACAGCAAGUUAAGGACAUGAUGUCGCUACGAUGAAGAGAAAACAUUCCUAAUUGAUUUCGAUGGCAACAUAUAACGUUGCGGAGUGUGGGAAGAACAAGCUGAAGCUAGGAGACAAAUAAUGCCGAGCACCGGCUACGCAGCCAUCGUGUUUCUUCGAGCUGGUGCAUCGACCGCUACAAAAGAGAUGCAUGUGGUACAAAGAGUCUCGCGGAGGAUCUCAAGAUUGGCGAAUUUCUGUGGCGGCUUCAACGUUCCAUUCCUCGAGUGCAGAACACCGGGAUGCUUGGGAUUCUUUCUGAUUAAUAACGAUGUGGCUUCUCCGCCAAAGAAUCCAGUUGAUCAAACCGCGAUAAGGAGCCGCACGGUGUCUCGGCUGCUCACGAGGGGUUUCAGUACCUUGGUGAGGAAGGAGCCGCCCGAGCCGCGAGGAAUUCCAUUCUUCGGCACGAUGUUGUCUCUGAUAAUGGCCGGGGGCGCGCAGAAGCUGCACGAGUACGUUGACAAACGGCACCGGGAAUUAGGCCCCGUCUACAGGGAACAGAUCGGACCGGUGCGGGGAAUCUUCGUUAACUCGCCCGACGAGUUCCGCAGCAUCUUCCUGAGACUGGAGGGUCCCACGCCGCAGCACUUUCUGCCCGAGUCCUGGAUGUUGUACAAUGAGAUUCGGUCGCAACGCCGUGGACUGCUCUUCAUGGACGGAGACGAGUGGCUGCACUUCCGUAAGAUCCUCAACAAGACGCUGCUGCUGCCUAAUUCGACGAAGCUGAUGUCCGCGCCUUGCCAGGAAGCCGCCGAGAACUUGACCAACAAAUGGAAGAGUUACAGUCGACGUCACGUUACAAUACCGAAUCUGGAACAUCGGCUCUAUCUAUGGUCCAUCGAAACGAUGCUGGCGACUCUGAUGGGCUCGAAAUGGCGGAAUUGCGAGCAACAAAUGCGACUCGAGGCGGAGUAUCUGGCACUAAUACUGCACGACAUCUUCGUGUAUUCCUCCACGUUGUCGAUGUUACCAGCUAAACUGGCAAUGAAACUCAAAUUGCCAGUGUGGACCAAAUUCGUCCAGGCUGCCGAUGCGAUUUUAGCCAAGCUGCAUAAACUGGUGCCGGAUAUGAUCCGACUGAACGGUGAUGGCCUCCUUGCAACGAUGAUGGAGAACGGUAUUCGCGACGAAGAUGCUACCAGAAUUGUCACCGAUUUCAUCAUAGCUGCCGGCGACACGACAGCCGUCACCCUGCAAUGGGCAUUGCUGCUGCUCAGUAGCCGUCCCGAGCUGCAGGACCAACUGUUUCACGACAUGAAAAAGCUGUCGUUGGAAGAGCUCCUGCAAUACCAAUUGCUGAGGGGUGUAUGGAGAGAAACAUUAAGACUGCAUCCCGUCGCGCCAUUCCUCACGAGAUACCUGCCGGCAGAUAGCACGAUCGGCGAUUAUUUUGUACCGAAAGGGGAGCUGGUCAUUCUGUCGAUUUACUCAAGCGGCCGCAGCGAGAAUGAUUUUCCCCAGCCGAACGAGUUCCAGCCGGAAAGGUGGAGCAGAAUGAAGGGGGGUUAUCAGGGCGUAAAAAAUUCCUUCGCCACUCUACCGUUCGCGUUGGGCGCCAGGAGUUGCAUCGGCCGCAAGCUCGCGGAAACGCAGCUGUCCCUGGCACUGGCGCAACUGAUAAAAACCUUCAAGAUCGACUGCGAGAACCGGGACAGCAUAAAGAUGAUCUUGCAUUUGACUUCGAUGCCGUCACAACCCGUCAAAUUGAAACUGACAGAGAGGGAAGCAUGAAUGUUGAAUGCUCGGGAAGCAAAAUUAACGCCACUUAAUUAUAAAA